GGUGAAAUUGCCGCGGUCCCUUAGCUCAGUCCGAGUCGCGGGGGCGAGAGGAGGCUUCGCAGUGAGUCGGCCGCGCUCGCGGCCCGCGCCUCCGCUCGUUCUCUUCCACGCACAGCGAACGUUGAACCUCUCCACUCGGCACACAAUAAGCUCCUCGAGCACUGGGAGGUGAAUUCCCCUUCCGAUGGACGCGAAGGAGGAGGAGCAAUCAGUUGGUGGCUCUGCGGAAAAUCCAUCACCAACCCACGCAUCGGAGCAACGGGUGGACGAAGAGGUGCCUCGAGAUCGGAAGUCAGAGCACCGAUCUGAUGAAGAGGUGCCUCGAGAUCGGAAGUCAGAGCACCGAUCUGAUGAAGAGGUGUCUCAAGAUCAGAAGUCAGACCAUAGAUCUGAUGAGGUGUCUCAAGAUCGUAAUUCAGAACACCGAGCUGAUGAAGCUGUGUCUCAAGAUCAGACGGCAGAACAACAGGGUGAUGAUGAAGAGGCGUCUUCAGAUCAGAAGUCAGAGCAGCGGGCUAAUGACGAGGUGUCUCAAAGUCUGAAGUCCGUAGUGAAGCUUUCAGGGCAGAGUAAUAAACGUGAGUCAGAUCGGCGAGAGCAUGAGGAUCAGGAUGAGGAGACCCACCGUCGGCGAGGUGAGCAGUCCGCAUUCGAGGAGCAACCUUCCUCUGCAGAUCAACGGGAGCCUCGCUCGAAAGAGCAGAUUGCUGAGGAUGAAAGAUUAGAACGUGAGGUUCAGGAACUUUUAAACGAACUCAAACCAGGUGCGGGAGCAUUCAAAGAUGGCGACUUGAAUGGCGGGGACAUUCGUAAUGGAGAUAAAUAUUCCAAGGGAGACUACGGCGGUGAUGACCACAAGUCCAGAUCACAGGCGUCGCGGAUUCACGACGACGACGAUGACUUCCAGUCGGAGAGCCACCGCAACCGUGAGCGCUGGCUCUUCCGCUCACGCUCUCACUCGCGCUCCCGCUCUCGUUCCCGCUCUCGGGAGCGCGACGGCACUGCCGUCCAUCGUCAUCAAGACAACCGCGCGUGGGAGCGCGAGGAGCGGCUGCGCAAAGAAGCCGAGGACUUCUGGGAUAAGAGGCUUCGUCAGCGCAAGAGAAUUGCUGAGAGGGGGUGCGAUGAGCUCUGGGCCUUAUCUCCAAAGCACCCCGCUCCCGAUUCUGAUGAAAAUUCCCCUGUGGAAGUGGAACCAUUGAAAAGCAGCUCAGAAGAUGAGAAGAAAAAGAAGAAGAAGAAGAAGCGGAAGAGGAAAAAGAAGAAGGGUAAGUCCAAGAAGAGCAAGAAGCACAGGAAGGAGGAGGCGGGCAGUGAGGAGGAGAGUGAGAGUGAAGGAUCUGCACACGAAGAGACCGAAGAGAAAGAUAAAAAGAAAAAAAGUCACAAGAAAAAGUCAAAGAAGAAGAGGUCAAAGGUUGUGUCUUCCAGCGACUCCUCGGAUGAGUCGGAGUCGGAAUCUGCCUCGGAGGAUGAGCACAAUGAAGUGUGGGUGGAGAAGCAGCGCUCUGAGAAUGCAGAAUUCUUCAUUGGUCCACUGCCUCCUUUGUCUGCAAUGGAUGGAGGGGACAGACCCAUGAACUAUGGCCACGCGCUUCUCCCAGGAGAGGGUGCCGCCAUGGCGGAGUUUGUGAAGGCCGGCAAGAGGAUUCCGCGCAGAGGAGAGAUCGGGCUGACGAGCGACGAGAUCGCCUCCUUCGAGUCGCAGGGAUACGUCAUGAGCGGCAGCAGGCAUCGCCGCAUGGAGGCCGUGCGUCUGCGUAAGGAGAACCAGAUCUACAGCGCGGACGAGAAACGUGCGCUCGCCUCCUUCAACAAGGAAGAGCGCUCCAAGAGAGAGAACCGCAUUCUCGCCGGCUUCCGCGAGAUGAUUUAUCGCAAGACCAACAAGGAUCACAAGUAGUGGGGUCCGUUGCUCCCAAGUCUGUCGCAUUGUCAUCGGGGUUGUCAGUCGGUCCGGUGGUCACGGAAUCAAUGAUGAAACGCAGUUCGAUUUUAUAACAAUUGAACUGAUUGGCAACGCGCAAGCUUCACAAACGCGUGGCGGUAUUCCGCGAGACCCACAAGGAUCACAAGUGGCGGUGGCCGUGAUGGUAAGUCCGGCUUGUUUUAACGGAUCGGGGUUAUUAAUCGGCACAAAAUAUUUUAGCAGCCAUCGAACCGAUUGGAGCGCACGCACGCUCACGCGGCACGGCGUGUCCCCGCGUGGGUGGUUGGUGGCUCAGUGGCAGUCGUCGUGAGGCACCGCCGGCAGGGCUCGUCUGUCCCCCCGCGUGGAACGUCUCGACACACACACACAGGGGAGGGACUUUUACUGUUGGAAAUCUGCGUGCACCAGACGGAUAAUGAUUCCUUUUUUUUUUCUUGCAUUUACUGAUAAAGCUAUAAACGAAGUGAACAACACCUGUCGUCGCGUUGCUUUAUUUGAAUGUAACAUCACAAUUGGUAUUGAAAGGGCAAGUUGGCUGUGAUCUUUAAACGCAUUAAAGGGAUCUGGGGAUCGUUGUGAUAGGAAAGGAGGAUGCGUGUUGUGACCGGUUGUUGUGUUUCAACGUUGGUGCCUCGUCUCCCCGUUCCGAUGUCUGCGUCGCUCGUCCCCUGCUUUGUGUUGGCGCGCGGUCCACGACAUCCAUCUACCCGCACCCUCGUCGGCUGUGCGCACGUCUGGCUUCAACCCUCUUGCUUUCUGUACAUGAGUAAAUAUUUUUUUGUAGUCUGAAAACAUAUACAUGCAAUUAAAUCUGGGAAAAGUUAUUUCGUAAAGUGUCUGUUCUUGCGAAUUAUACGAUUUUCCUGUGAAUUUCAGUAAAAUUACACUUACCUAAAGCACUCUGCCCUGCUCCUUCCUUGCCUUUUUCAUAAAGCCUGUCUAAAUCA